UCAGUGCCAUCACCCAAUUAAUUAACCAAAGUUUUCAAUAUUAUUGUGUUCCGGUCUUUAUUAUGAAAAUAAUUAAUUUUUCUCUACGUCGUAUAUUGUGUUAAAUUCAUUAAAUAUAUUUACAUACAUUUGCUUCGCAUAAUUAAACAAAUAAAGUUGUAUGACUGUUGAAAAUUGACACCAUGGCAGCAUUAUCAGCUUCAACAUUGGAUUCUGAAAUUACAAAAAGUGAUAAAUAUUCUAUUUUAUUACCGACUUACAACGAAAGAGAAAAUUUGCCAAUUAUAAUAUGGCUAAUUAUUAAAUAUAUGGAUCCCAGCGGUUUCGAUUAUGAAGUAAUUGUGAUUGAUGAUGGAAGCCCCGAUGGAACAUUGGAAGUGGCCAAGCAGCUUCAGAAAAUUUAUGGGCCCCAAAGAAUAGUGCUACGUCCGAGAGAGAAGAAAUUGGGGCUAGGUACAGCUUAUAUACACGGUAUAAAACAUGCAACCGGCAAUUUUAUCGUUAUCAUGGAUGCUGAUUUGAGCCAUCAUCCUAAAUUCAUACCAGAUUUCAUAGAACUACAACAGGAACAUGACUACGACUUGGUAUCAGGCACACGUUACGCCCGCGGUGGAGGAGUCUACGGGUGGGACUUUAAAAGGAAACUCAUAUCGCGUGGCGCCAAUUUCCUCACCCAGAUGCUACUCAGGCCAGGAGCCUCAGAUUUGACUGGAUCAUUUAGAUUGUACAAGAAAGAUGUUCUACAGAAGCUGAUCGACUGCUGUGUAUCAAAGGGCUAUGUCUUCCAAAUGGAAAUGAUCAUACGGGCUAGACAGCUGGAUUAUACAAUAGGGGAAGUGCCAAUAACGUUCGUCGACCGCGUUUACGGGGAGUCGAAGCUGGGCGGUUCGGAAAUCUUCCAGUUUGCUAAAGCAUUGCUGUAUCUCUUUGCCACCACAUAAUAUAACUCAAAAUAUACUUUAAGAAGGCAAUCACAGACAAUAGAGUAGUCCAAGACCAUAAAUUUCCAUAAAGAAUGCUCCUGAACCACCCUUUUUUUUUUACUUGGAGAAAAUCCCUCAUGGAGACCCGCCCGCCCCGGGGGAGGCAAGCGGGUACUGUGAGACUCCUACUCACUAAAAACUCCAAGGUAUCCCGACGAAGCGGCUAUAGCCGGAGUCGCGGGAUCGAAUGUCAGUCCACCGCAACUCCGGCGGCGUUCCUGAACCACCCUAAGUCAACUACCUAUAACCAGCGGCGGCCUUACCCAUUGCGGAGCUCCGGUCUAUACUGGGCCCUUUGCCCUAAGUGAAAAGUAUGUGAUGCGAACGAUUAUGCGGAAAUAUUCCAGAUUCAAGAAUACUAUAGAUUUUUUUAAUAAUUUCUUUUUGUUUAUUUUAUCGUUGGUAAUUUUGUAUAUUUGCAAUUAAAUACAUAAAUCAGGAAGUUUUUGCAACUUGCCACCAGGGGGGGCCUUUCAAGUAUUACGUAAGCACUAUGGGGGGCGGGGAGUUUUUGCUUUGCUUAUUUUGGAUGACAUGGGGGGUGGGGGAGUCUAGAUGAUGAUUACGUCAUCGUUAGUUAUUUACUUUUUUACGCAAAUGGCAACCCUCACAUUGUCUUUGAUAAAAAAACAAUACAUAAAAGAAAAAUGUUUACUUAAGCAUGGGGGAAGGGGUAAUGUCUUUGCUUACUUUUGCUGA